AUGGCUACUUCCAACGAAGGCGACCAGCGCGCCUGGUUCUUGAGAUCGACGUAUCCCGUCGACUUUCCCACACACGAGGCUCUGACCAAGUCUCGGGCCGACUUUGACGGCUUCCUUGCCAAUGAACUGCGGCGGCGGGAUGAUGCGGCAACACAAGAGGCGCAGCCGGUGACAGGCGACGACGAUGCCUUUACCCUAGUCAAUGCCACCGAGUCAACCACGGCAGACCUCCAAAGAGACAUGGACGCCAUGGGCGUAAACGACGAAAAGUCCGAUACCAAGGACGAGCCGGAAAGCCGCUUCAUGGCCGGCCUCACCCGCCAUGGCCAGCCCCCGGACAUGGAGAACAAGAUGUUGACUGAAAAUGCCGACGUCGCGUUCCGCUCCACCAACAACGCCCUGGUUGACCUCUUUGCCGAGCUUGAAGAGGUCGUCUCCGGCCCCAGGCUGCGCGAGCUGCUCGAGGCUUCGUGGGCAGCCGACCCGCUCUCGACGCUCAAAAUCAUCUUCAACGCCCGGUCCAUUCACCUCGGCAAGAGCUCUCGGCGGACCUUUUACCGCGCUGCCGGCUGGCUGUACCGGAACCACCCGCUGACGCUCCUGGCCAACCUGCGGUGGCUCAGCCGCCCCGUCAUCGAGAAGAAGGUCCCAAAAGACGGCGAGGACGAUGUCGUCUUGGUGGAUGCCCCCGCGGAGGACGAUGAGAGGACACAGUUCGACGUCAAGUAUGGGGUGUCGCACGGGUACUGGAAGGACCUGCUCAAUAUUCUGGCGCUGGCCGCAAAUGGGAAGCUGAAUGUCCUGGCGAACCCGCGCGAUGUGCUCAACGUGGAGAACGAGGCCAUUGUACGAAGCAUGAAGCGGCGGAGACUGGGAUACUCCAAGCCAUCGAGGGGCCGACGGCAACGGAGAACCAGAGGACGCGGGGGAGCUGCUCGCGGGGGCCGCCAGGACGCGACUGAAACAGCUACAGAAGAGAAGAAGCAGGAGGAGGCGAAGAAGACUCCACAGGAGAUUCAAUGCGAGCAACGUGAACAGCGCCACGAGGAACGUCGGCAACGGCACGAUGCAGUCGUGGAGCGGUUCAGCACCAAGUCCAAAUAUCGGGCGCUUUACCUCACAGUGGCUCGACUCUUCGCCGAGCAGCUCCAGGCAGACCUGGCUGCGCUACGCAGCAACAACUCCAAGGCCAAGAAGUCGAUUUCGCUAUGCGGCAAGUGGGCUCCCUCGCAAGACCGCUUUCACGACAGACACACGUUUGUCAUCAGCUCUAUCGCGGAAAUCAUGUACCCACGCGAGUCGCUCGACGACGUGCUCGCGGCGACCGAUGACCGCGAAACGUACCUCAAGCAUGCUCGGGAGCGCUACCGGCGAGACGUGUCUGCCCUCCGCGCGCACCUGGACAUUGUCGAGCGCAAAAUUACCGAUGGAACCUUUGACAAGAUCAAGUACGACCGAGUGCCGUCCCUGGCCAUGAACGCCUACACGAAGGUCUUCAUAGAGAAGGACCUCGAGCACUUUGAAGAGUAUCUCGACCGCGUCACGCGAGGGAAGUCGACGAUUUCCGGCGCCACGAUGCUGCCAUCGACUCUUGUCAAGCAGGCGAAAUACCGCGUCCUGACAGCGGAGCAGAAGAAGACCAUGCUCCCGCGCGCCCUGACUGAGUAUAAGCUGGGCGAGAUGAAGGCGCAGGUCGUAAGCGGGCAGUGGAACACGCUGGUCCAGCGUAUCAAAGACUCGGGCACCCUGUCGUCUAGCAUAGCCGUGUGCGACGUGUCUGGCAGCAUGGGGAGCCCGACGUUUGCGGAUGGCACGACCCCCAUGGACUCUGCCAUCGGCCUGUCCCUGCUCGUUGCCGAGGUCACGGAGAAGCCCUUUGGAGGGGCGUUUAUCACCUUCAGCCAUAAUCCAGAAGUGCAGCAGAUCGACCUGUCCCUGUCCUUGACGGAGAAGGUUGCCCGCCUGGAAAGUUCACAAUGGGGCAUGAACACCAACUUCGUCAAGGUAUUCGAGGGGCUGAUCCUCCCGAUGGCGCUCGAGAACAAGCUGAAGCCCGAGGAGAUGGUGAAGCGGGUGUUUGUCUUUAGCGACAUGCAGUUUGACGAGGCCGAGCAGUCGAAGCGCAAGUCCAGAUGGAGCACCUCGUAUGAGCGCAUCAAGGGCAUGUUUGCAGAGGCGGGGUACGAGAUGCCGGAGCUGGUCUUUUGGAACCUCGCCGGCGGACGGGCGGGCUACGGUCGCGGCGGUCGCGGCGACACGACGGCGCCCAAGCCCGUCACGGUCACGGACAAGGGCACCAGCCUGGUGAGCGGGUACUCGCAGGGCAUGCUCAAGGUGUUUAUGGAGGGCGGGUCAUUUGAGGACCCCGAGGAAGAGGAAGAGGAAGCGGCUGAGGAAGACGAGGAGGCCGACGAGGAUGAGGUUGUGGUUGCCAUGCCCGGGGACGAGAAGCCUGCUGAGGCGCCGAAGAAGAAGGCCAAGGUGGAUCCCCUUGCGACGGUGAGGAAGGCCAUCGGACACAAGGCGUACGAGAUGCUUCGAGUGUUGGACUAG